GUGACCGCAGCGCCACUCGCGCGCGCACCGCGGACCAAGCCGCUUCGAAUUUUGAAUACGAAACGUUAACCGUUCCAUUUUUCAAAUAUUUUUAUUCCUCUAUUUUCUUUUUCGAAACAAGUGUCAGUGAAACAAACUUUUUAAGGAUUUUGUGCCUGUAAUUUUGGUGAUCGUCUUUUUGGACUGAUCCUGGUGCUAUCGCUGACGUAACUAUACAAUGUAAAAACGAACAAGUUCGAUCGAGUAACAGUGUUUCCUUCGCCCAUUAUUUUACGUUUUAUAUUGACUGCCGGCUGUGAAUAGUGGUUCGUAAUUUCGGAAACUGGAUUUUGUGAAGUGCACGGCAAUUGGACAUUGGACGGAGUUUAUUUUCUCUGGCAGCAUAACCUUGAUGUCAGUCCGCUCCAAUAAUGGAUAGCAACAGCAGAUCGGCGUCGCCGCGUGAGCCGUCCCGCCCGCAGCACAGGCCCCCCUCCCCGCCGUCCCCCGCAGCCUUCGACAACCGCGCCUACCAGCACGACGACGCCGACCCCAACCACAACGACUCCUUCACCUCCAACGGACCCCAACAAAACGGACACAGUAAAGAACCCAACGGGGACACCAAAACUUUAGAAGCUGUCAACCUCGAACUGAUAAACUUGACACCCAAAAAUGGCAAUGCUAAGAAGAAGGACGCGGUCGAGCUGGACAUGAGCACCUCGAACCCCUACGAUGAGUAUUUCGUUCCGGUGAACGAGCAUAGGAAAUAUAUGAGAGGGGAGAAAUUGUAUGUGACAGCCGAUAAGCGAGGCGAAAAAGGAGGGUGCAAGCGACCUCUAUGUUGGACGCUCCUGGCGCUGGUGGCCGCGGUCAUUGUGGCGCUCAUAGUCCUCGCAGCCACUGGGAUACUAUUCAGCAGCUCUCCAACCACGGUCGAACAGUAUAACUCCUCGUUAAGUUCGGCGCGCGCGUUCGGCGGGCUCGGACAAGGUCACAGCCAGCACGAUCAUAGCGACCAUGACCAUAGCCAACAUAAUGACAGUCAACAUGAAAUCGAUGAUGGGCAUGAACUUGGUGCGGCGGCGGAACCAGGUACUCUCGGUGAUGAGGGACGAUCUUUGGGAGGUGACGAUAGCGAUGCAUCGCUUUAUGUACCGAGAACCGUCGAAGGCGAGCUGAAAAUCGACAACGAAGUAUUUACACCAGAGCUUCAAGAUAUUGAGAGUUCGGAGUACAGGGAGCUCACGGCCACCUUCAGUGAUGCUUUGAAACGAGCUCUUUUUGACCGCAACACCAUCGAGCGAGGCGACAAUGACAUCACUGUAGAGGUUAUCAAGCUGAGGAAAGGUUCCGUAAUCGUGAGGUACAGAAUCCACUGGAAGCCAAAAUCCGGUAUGGAAGUAACAGACAAUUUAUUGACACCCGAAAGCCUGCAAUCGCACCUCGACAAUUACCUCGAAAGAAAUAAUAGAAUGAUAAGUACCUUCCACAUAGCUGAAGACAAAAUGAGCACCAGGCAAGUUCUAGACAUAUGCAAGAUAUCAAAAUACGACUGUGAACACGAAUGCGAAUUUGAUGAAAAUACUCUUGACUUCACGUGCACUUGUCCACAUGGUUAUAUUUUAGACAUGACAAAUCUCAAAAAAUGUGUCCCUAUAUUGGAAAAUUCAGAGAUCAGAGGUAUUGAAUUAAAUUCUAAUCCUGUAACCACUAAACCCAUACCAGAUAAAGAAAAAUCAAAUACUGAAUCAGUACGAGUUUCAAACAGCGACUCGUUCGACUGGAAAGAAACACACCAUGAAAUUCCAGAAACUACGACUCAGUCUGAUACUGACGUAAGCUUUUCACAUAUAUUCGGAAAUUCUAAUGAGACACCAACGCCUGAACCUAGUGCAGAACCGAAACCAACAGAGCCAGUACCUACAGCUGAACCAAAACCCGAGCCAGAACCAACUUCGGAACCUAUUCCCGAGCCAAUACCAGAUUCCGAGCCAAAAUCAGAGCCAGAACCAACUGCUGAACCUGCACCAGAAUCAACGACACAUCCAGAGCCAGCGCCUGUAACAAAACUAGCAUCUGCGCCAGAACCAGCAUCGGAGCCAGAACCAGUAUCUGCAUCUGAACCAGCCUCGGAGCCAGAACCAGCGUCGGAGCCAGAACCAGUAUCUGCACCUGAACCAGCCUCGGAACCAGAACCAGCGUCGGAGCCAGAACCAGCAUCUGAGCCAGAACCAGUGUUGGAACACUUACCAACUCCAGAGUCAGAUUCAUCUGAAGAAUUAAACCUCAAAGUAGCCCCUCUGCCCGAACCUGAACCAACCUCUGGACCCCAGCCAACCGCAGAGCCAGAACCAGAACCUAAUCCGGAGCCAACGGCAGAACCAGAGCCUAAUCCAGAACAUACCACAAAAUCAGAACCAACAGCGGAGCCAGCACCUAAAGAACAAGAAACCGUAGAGUCUUAUCCAGAACCAGAACCAAAAGCUGCUGAAGAGCCUGUCACAAAAUCUAACUCAGAGCCAGCCGCAGAACCAGAACCAACAACUGCGGUGUCCAUAGAAGACAUAAAACUAUCACAUAGUGAUUCCUCAACAACCUUAACAGAAUCUCAACCGAAACCUGAAACUAAUGAUUACUUAGAAACAACAUUCAAAACACAAUCAGAAACUUCCCAUAAUCAUGCUUCAUCAGAACAAAAUAUAGCUGAGAUAACAGAACAUAACUCUACUAAUGCAGAAGCUAAUACUGAAUCUGAAUCCCCGUCGAUGAUGGAAACGAGCCAUGAGGAUAAACAAGAUGUUGAAGAAGCAACCACAAUGAGGAUUUCUAUUUCAGAACCAAACUUAAUUAAUGAGCCUUCUUACGAACCCAAACCUGAAAUUAUUUCAAUUUUGAGUGACACAAAAUUGAACAAAGAUUUCCAGGAAACAGAAACUACAACAAAAAGUGAUUGGCUUGAAAGUGGCAAAAUAUUAAACGCAUCCCAACACCAAUCCAACAUAAAUAAUGCGAACAAUGAUUUCGAGCAAAGAUCUUUUAAUUCAUUAUUUAACGAUUUAUUGGCUGAGACGACUACAGCAAAAUAUAAAGAAGAAACCAAAACAGAUAUUUCAUUUCUAGAUUUACAAAAUUAUAAUAUUCCUACUACAACUGCACUACCCGAUCAGGAAAUUAGCAUAAAUCAAGCAACAAUUGUAAUGGCUCCAGUAAACGACAGAGUCAAGGAGCAAAAACAAGUUAUAAACAAUUCAUCGAAUGUAAAUACUACAGUAUCACAUUUUGAAACUGAGCAAACUAAUGACACAGACGCCACUACUCAAAUAACUGAGGAUAUUGAUACAGAUGUUACUGAAAAUAAGCAGGAUGAUAUUUCUGACAAAAUGACAACCGUUUUCCGAAUAAAUUCAGUGAAACUUAAUGAAAGUACACCUGUGGAAGCAACUACUAUGCAAGGAGAAACGGUAACAGAAUACUAUAUUAAAAACCAAUUAUCAACUGAGAACUCCUCGGCAACGGAAAUGCUGUUGAACGCACUGAGUGUUAAUAAACAAAUCGAACCAGAAACUACAACUGUAAAAAACAAUAUCGAUGAUUCGACUGAUAUAACAUUUGACAAUAUAAAUAAAUUAAAUCAAUUCAAUCGUUCCUCUAAGUCAUUUGAAAACGAAAAUUCAACAAGACUUGAAACUAUGCAAUCACAAGAUUCUUCCACAACUGAUUCUGAAUGGCUCUCAAUUCCCGUAACGGAAAUAAAUUACGAUCAAAUUAUUAAUACAGAUCAAAAACAAGCAACUACACAAGUACCUAUGACCAACAUAGAAGCAGUAAUAAACCAUGGGCUACUCAAAGACGAUUUCGAACCUGAUUAUUUUAUUGGCAUCAGUUCAACUAAAUCUAUAGACGACGUUCCUUUGUACGGUAUUACACAUGACUAUGAUAAUGAAGAUUCUAGAGUGAAACGAGUAGACAACGUCACAACUGAAACCUUUGUAAAAGAAGAUUCAACAACAGCCUCUACAGAGAAGAUGAUAAUGGAAAACAACUCUAAACUUAACAUGUCAUUAGAAACGACUACUAUAAGCAAAUAUAUUUAUGAAAAAGCUGAAAAACAUAACUCAGAAGACCAAGAACAAAAUGAAACAACUACUGAAAUAACAAAUAACAAAAACGCAAAUCCAGCACCUGUUUGGGAGGAAGUUGAAAAAGAAGCAGCAAAAUCUGAAACUGAAGUGUCAAACAAUGAGAUGACUAUUACCCCAAUAAUGACUACUACGUCUACACAAAUGCCUUCUACAACAACUACAGAAAAUAUUGUGGAUAGGAACAAUAUUACCGAUGAAAUCAUACAAUCUCUCAAGAACUCUACGCGACUGAAUAACUUAGAUGUUACUGUAUAUGAAGUAUCUAGUCACAAUAAUAACCUUUCUUCCACAACCGCCAACACUACCACUUCUCAUUCAGCCGAAUACGAUGAACACGAAAUUGAUAUGAACCCAUUUUUACCUGAAGUAGAGAACAAUAAACAUCUUGUUAAGAAAUUACAAGAAGGUCACGAUUUAGAACCUAUUAACGUAAAUGACACUCAGAAUGACAAUGGCGAAGAGCAUUCUUCUGUCGUUUCAGAUGGACAAAUUUCAUUCACUAAUACAACUAAUAACGAAGAAAAUUUAAGUAUAUCUGGUGAAAAUAAAACAAAUCCAACUGAACCAAGUACUGAAGAAAUACAAGAUGAGAAGCCGUCAACAUUUUUUGAGGACACUGAUGAUCUAUUACUUCCUAAAAAGGGAUCUGGUGAACAUAAAGCUAGCAAGUGGUCAACAUUAGGACUCCCCGUUCCCGGACAGAACAAUGAUUUUCUAAGUGUUGUACCAAUUGAACAAGAAAUACUUGACCUAAAAGCUCUCAAGAAAGAUUACGAGAGUGAAAAUCUACAAGGCCUUAACGAUAUAAGUGAUUCGCCAAAAAAAAGUGACAAAAGGACAUUAGAUGUAAAUAAAUUGGAAUCAGUAACUAAUAAUGAAGCGUAAAUGGUGCGUGAUUGUAUGAACGUAAGCGUGUAAAUUGCUGUUUAUUUCCUGUGAUGUUGAUUUUGUCGAACAAUUUUAUAUAUAUGUUCUUAUACAGACUAUUUUAAACCAAUGUAAAUGCUAUAUUAAUGGUUUUUAUACGUUCUAUAGAUGUGCAAGCAGACUUAAUUCUAGAAGGUACCAUCAUAAUAAUUAUUAAUGUUUUAGUUUUCUAUCAAUAAACAUUUAUUAGACUAGUCAAUCUAGAGAAGAGUCAUCAUCUUGAGGUGUUUAGAUUAUUUAUUGCUGCGAUGUGAGUUACGAGUCACGUGGAUUCGAAUAUCUCGCGAAAUUAUCUCGCGUUGAGCUUCGAUUGUGAACAUUCGAUUGGGAACAUUUUUUCUUUCAUCUUGAAUUAAAAUCGAAAAGUGGACGUUGUCGCUUAAACUGCGUCUCCUAGUUCGUGAAUACGAAAUAAUAAUGAAAAAGUGGAUUGUACCGUUUCAUUUGAGGGUCAAAUCUCUAUAUUUUUAGGCCUUUAUAUCUUUCUAAUAAAUAUUUUAUUCAUACAAAUAUGAAAGCACAGAGACACUUCAUUCUAUGCGUUUCUUUGCAAAACCAUAAUAUAUUGUACUCGACAAUAUCUAAAUUCCUAUUGUAAAUUGUUACCAUAGUUAAUAUGUAACGAAAACGUCUUCGCAAUUAUAUUUUAUGAAUGUAAGUAACAAGGUGGACGAGCAAUAUGAAUACUUUCUUGAAACGAAAAUAUUCCCGCCAUGUCGUAUUGUGAUAACGCUGGUAAAAGCUUCAUUCCAUUCGUACUUAAAUAUUUUAACUUAGUGAUACGCAGAAGUGAGGUCUGAUUGUAAAAUAAUAAUUAUGUAGAUCUUGUUAACUAAGAUAGGAUAUGUUGUAUAAAUGGUUGAAAUUGUAAAGAAUUACGUUGUAAAUAAAUUUAAAGUUAAUUAUA